AUGCUUUCCCUGAUUGAGUUCAUACCGAGAAAGUUCGGAAAAAUUCCAGAGUUAGCGUCUGUAAUCGAUGAAUCUUUUGAGAACGUACGAAAACAUUCUCUAACUUUGAUUAUCUCUUCAGGCUCCUGUGAAAACGCCUGCGUUCAACUCAGCGGGGGGACAGCCUCACCCUAUACACGUCAAUUAUCCGUGGGAUUGAGCAGUAUCAACACCACGUGCAUUUGUCAAUGCAAAUCGAAUACCCCAAUUUUUCGGGAAGACCUCAACAUUUGCGUGAGCGAUAUUCAUGAGUGCAGUGUCGCUGGGUUUCUCGGUAGUUCUGGAGCCAUUGAGAAAGUGCCGUACGUUUUUCUACCGCAAUGUGGGCAGAUUGUUUACCCCCAAGCGGAGAUACUGUUUGAAGGCGUGAAGACACCAGUCUGCGGAAUUGUGGGAGCUCAGCAGCUGGGGAAGCCGGGCUGGUCGGAAUUGAGGAAUCUCUCGAGUCCGGAGCCACCUUUUAGACUAUUUCGCGAUGAGGGGAGAGCAUUUCUCAGGUGGACCGGUGAGGCUGGACUCAGGGAGGCUGCUGAGGGGAAAGUUGUGGUUACCAGACUCACUUGCCGCGAUGCAGAUCCAAAUGCUAGUUAUCCGGGAGUUUUUACGCCGUGUGUGGCAUUUAGAAUUGCUGGCUCACCGUCAAAGAGUGUUAUCAGAGAGGUAUCGUUCGCCUCAUCGACUCAAGGUCCCGGAGGUCUCUCCAGCUUCGAGUACACGGCAAUUGGAAUAUCCUCGGUCCUCCUGGCGUUGAUCUACGUCGUCAGCGUUUCUUUGUAUCUGCACAGUCAGAAAUCUCGUCGAAAGAAACUCCAGGAUCCGGAGAUUGCCAUCACAGCUGGUCGCGAGGGCACGGUAUUAGUGAAGAGCAACCCCUUGUUGGCGUCCAGACACUUUGAGAGCGACUCAAAUAGUGUGAGAAGUGAGAGCGACCAUGGGGAGGACUUGAGUCCCAGUGACACCGACCCGGGUUUUGAGAAAGUCACUUCCGCUGUCAUCCACCCGCAGACGUUCGUGGAGCAGACAGACGGUCCCUUUGGGUCUCCAAUCAUUGGUGAGAGGAUUCCCGAUGAGGAUGUCAGGAUUGUGGAGACUUUCGAGGGCACGCAUGCGGUGGAUAGUUCGAUGCUGCCAGGGGUGCAGAGGCGAAAACUGUAUUUCAAUCCUGCGUACUUUGAGAGACAAUUUCUCCUGGCUCCGCCACCAGCAGCCAUAGAAUUCCUCCUGAAAAUCCGCGAGGUGAUUUCCAUCGCAAAACACAAAAUGGCAGCCAAGCGCUUCGUCCCGUCCCUCUCGGGGAUCCCCGAGGAGGAAUCAACUUCCGGACGUUGCAGUUCUUCCGAGAACAAGCGUGCAGGUUCGGUCCAGGAGUCUGUGGCACGUUCCAGAAAGUCCCAAAGAUGCACCGGUUGCCCCGGCUGCACAGACUCCCGUCCCAAUCCCCCUAUUCUCCCCGACAACUCGCGACCAAUUCCCGGUGAGAGUAGAGUCAGAGCCUGGUUGGCGGACGUCAAACCCCCAGAGCGUCGUUGGAGGGACCUGGAAGACCACCGAAAGAACUUCCAGGAGAAUGUGCGAACCUUUGCGAGAAGUCUUGAACACCUGCGCGAUCCCAAAAACGAUUUCUUCAAAGCCGAGUCUAGAAACGGUACUACUACGUCACUCGCUACCUGGAAGGACAAUCCACCGAUGCUGAGGACCUUCCAGCACAUAGCGAGGAGCGAGAUCAUGGGCGAUGAUGACCAGCACAGCAUUUCCAGACGAUCCACCAAGUCAAUGUUCGAGGACACCAACUACGAUCGCUUCUGUCGAACAAGAAGACGUCAGCUCGAGCUGUCAAACGGGCCGGAAGACUUCCUCAACGCCAAAGUCCGGAAAGCCAUCGAGAACUCCUUCAUAAAGCAAAUGGAGGAAAACGCGGCUCUUGAGAACGCGAUGCAGGAGAACGAGAGACGCCAGAAUGAGCAACGUUUCUCCCCCGACGGAAGCUCAGAAAAGACGAACAAAGAAUCUCUUAAAUCUUCUAAGACCGUCAAGAAAUCCCCCGAGAAUACAAUCAGACGAAAGAAAUCACAGGCCCCUCCGGUUCCCACGAAAGACCUCCCAGACAUGAUCCCAGAGCUCCCAACUUCGAAAUUCCCAGUCAAAACAAUCAUGGAUGCGGUGAUAAAGGAAAUGGUAGUCGUGAAAGCCCUGGAACAUCACCACAGAUUAACCGACUACGAGGUGGACAGCUUGGAGAGGACGAAUCGUCGUAAACGGGAGAAGAAACCAGUAGCCAAAGAGAAAGAAUCACCAUCGUCCACACUCACCCCCCAGACAAGUAACGAAAUAAAAGAAUCAGAAGUAGCGGAGAAUGAGCCGAAGAAAAUUGAAACAAAUGACGAAGUGCUGAGACGAAAUUAUUACAAUACUCUACCGGAAUUGAUUUCCCAACGGCCCGAAGGUUAUUCAUUGGUCAGUGAAGUUUAUGUUAAUGACGGGUAUGCGAGUCCAGCGAACAGUGAUGAUUCAAGUCCGGAAAUUAGUUAUGAGCCGGAAAAUCCUGGACACUUGACGAUAAAGGUCCAAGACUCGCCGGACAACUAUGUUAAACAGGAUGAGUCCGAGUAUGAACCAGACACGCUCGACAGAAAACCAAUGAAAUUGAAAAUCAAUGGAGAUGUAAUUUAUGAGAAAGGACAGAUGAAUGAGUCUUUUGUGGAUUCUUUGGAGAGGCCUGCGCAGAUUUUGCUGAGGAGUAAGGGGAGUUUUAGGGAUGAUAUACAGCCGAAUAGUCCCGAUGGCUCCUUGUCAAAGGGUUAUGGAAGUCUUCGAGAGAUUUAUGAAGCCAAACUACACGCAAAUGCUGCAGAUUCGAAUUUGAUGAGUAGUUAUGGCUCGCUCAGUGACAAGUUUGAGGAGAAUGGGACCUGGAAAUCCUCGAAGUACUUGACACCUGAUCAGAGACAGGCGAGGAGACAGAGGAAGCAGAACCAACCGGAUGUGGUGCCACUGCCACCUACUGAGGGGAUCUACGAACAUCCGAAACCACCGAGAAGAAAUGACGGGUCAAAAAACGAACGGGACAGGAGCUCAGCUGAAGCAGGCGCCCCUACGGCCGGCGGACGCCCUCCUGUCCGUGUUGAACAUCUCGUAGGGAUGAAGACAUUGGACAGAAAAUUCUUAUCAGAUUACAAGGGAAGCCUUGGAGCCCUUCCAGGGCACUCCAUGAAGAGGUUCAGAAAUGCGCAGCACGGAAAGGUUGAGGACAGCGGAUAUCUUUCCAGCACGGAUAGCAAUGAGUCUCAGAAGCAGGCUAUAAAGUAUGACUUUGGGAGUGUCUCGGAGACUGAUGAGACUGAAUCGAUUUGCGAUGGCGCUAGUGAGAGUGGAGCGGAGAGUGUUGGGACUGAUAGCGUCUUCUUUGGGAAUUUUAGGAGACUUUCUCAUGGGGAGAGUUUCACCAAGAGCAUGGACUCCGGGGUGGACAUUGGGGUCAGGAGCAAUGGGUUCAGGUCUCUUGGGGUCGAGAGACAGGCGAGUUUCAAUACCAGUGAUAGUGAGAAUGAGAGCUUUGUUACGGUUCUGCCGCAUGGGGGCAGCAGAAGGAAUAGCUUAGUUCUUUAA